AAUAUAGUAGGUGGCGUUGGUAUUAAAGUUAGCCCUAUAAUUGUUAAAGCUCUUAAAGCUCUGUAAGUUACAUACCGUGACCUUCUUCGUUGUAGGAUUGGGUCCUGUAGAGCUACCUCGCUGCUCGUCAGCCGCUAGGUAUCUUGCAUAUUGUUGGCCUUGCUGAUAAGGUGGGCGCUUAUUUUUUGUGCGCUUCAGGGUUUGAAAGGCAUGGCUGCAUUUCAAUGGCGGACGUCUUAUUUAGUCAGUCCACGAGUGUGCACUCGUCAGUUCCACGAUGGACAUCAGAAUAGUCGUGCAACGCUUCAGGUCUGUUCUUCGUUCAUCAAUCCGCACAGCAUUCUCGGAGUAAGCCCGACGGCGGACGUCAAGGAGGUCAAACGCGCGUACCGCAAGCUCGCUCUACAGUACCAUCCCGAUGUGUGCAAGUCCGCAGACGGCCACGAGCGCUUUCUUACCCUCACCCAGGCAUACGAGUUGCUGUUGGGCCGAGCGGAGGGAAAGAGCGACUCGCACCGAACCGGCUCCUCCUCAUCGUCUGGCAGUGGUUGGGAUUUCCACGAUUGGUACUGGAACUUCCGCAUGCAGCGAACAUGGGACAAACAGCAGCGGCACGCGACAGGAGGCAGCGGAGGAGGAGGAGGGCGGCGCGGCUUUGCCUCUGCGGCAGCAGCAGCAGCGGGAGGGGGAAUGAGAGGAGGCGGAGCGAAGGCAGGUGGAGGAGCAGCGGGAGGGGGAAUGAAAGGAGGCGGAGCGAAGGCAGGUGGAGGAGCAGCGGGAGCGGGAGCGGCCGGGUAUACACAACAGUCGGCGCAGCAGCAGCAGCAGCAGUACCACCACCAGCAGCAGCAGCCGGGGGAUAGGGCGGCUCUCAGGAGUCAGUUGGCGGGGUUACGGCAGAGGGCGGCAGUACGGCGUGCUAACCGCCGACAACACCAACAGCAACCGCAGCAGCAGGAGCCGUCGCAGCAGCCGUCGCAACGGCACCAGUCGCGCACAGCAGGGUUUGGAAGGAAAGCUGGAUGUGCGGCGGAUCCGGUGGCGGCCCCUCCGGAGGCCCCUGCUGUCGGAAAGUUGGAGCAGCAGGAGGCUCCUGCCGACGAUGCAGUCCAGGCGCCCACCCACGACAGCAAGGUUGGUGAUGGCGACAGCAGCAGCGGCAGCAGCAGCAGGGGCAGCAGCAGCGGUUGCGACAGGGGCGCUUGCUCCUCUUGCUCAACAGCCGCUGCUGGCACUGCAGCAACAGCUGCUGCUGCUGGUGUUGCUGCCGCCACCGCCGCUGCCUCCGGCAUCAGGGCGGCAGCCGUGAGGCCCAGCACGGCGACGGGGACAGAGGCGGCAGCAGGGGCAGGGGCAGCAGCAUCCGACGUGGCCGCGGAUGAUGUGGCAGCUCAUCAUCGGCACCGGUCAGCACAGGUCUCAGGGGUUGCUGCCAGCGAGGCGGCAGCGCGCAAGGUACACAAGCAGGGGCGAGUGAACAGGAGCGGGGACGUGCAGCAGGGGCAGGGCAAACCUCCCGCCUGCGGUGCGGAAAACACGCAUGUCGGGGCGGCUGAGGAGGCAGGUGCUUUAGAAGCAGAUAGUCAUGUGUUGGAAGGAGGAGAGGACGAAGGAGGACGCAAGGAGGGGGAAGAGGAGGAGUCGCGAGAAGGGCCUAAUCCCAAUCCCAUCAGCGGCAUCCGCAGCAGUGACAACUACUACCAGCAGCAGCAGCAAGAGCAGCAGCGGGAGCAGGAGCAACAGCAAGAGCAGCAGCAGCAGCAGCAAGAGCAGCAGCGGGAGCAGGAGGAGGAGCGGUGGCGGCGACGACGUUACGCUGCAAAGAGCGCACCUCGAGAGGUCAUUUCGCAGCAGCUGGCCGGUCUGCGGCGCAAAGCAGCGAUGAAGGUGAUGGCGGAGGUGGCCUUGUGAGUGGCCUUGCGAGGAGGGGUGUGCAGCACAGUACCCCAGCAGCUGUGCGGGCUACGCAGCAGUUGUCAUAUUGCUUUUACAGCUGCUGCUAACAGUAACUGUAGGAACCCAUCUUAGCAUGGUAUGGCUCGUGUUUUCCAUGAUACUUAUACAAGAAACAUAUGCUGGACGCAUAUGCCCGCACGGUUCCUGUUGGUUAGGUGUAGGAUGUUGGAUGUAUGGUAAUGGGCUGUACAAAGUCUUGUCGGGUCCCCGGAACAAAACCGGACAGUUCUCUCCUUGAACCCCCGAGCCAAGUACCCUAUGCGCCUUCAAUGCGCUAGAAAUGCGGUAGAAACAGGUAGAAGCAGGUAGCUUUUGUAUGAGCUGCAGCACAUCAGUAUUGAGUCCAAUCAUGUACCGGUAUUCAAGAUGUCGCCUUUUAUUGCAGUGCCAAUUAGCUGUGCUUUUGUGAGCGGCAGCGGCAGCAGGGGCGUUGGUGCAUGUUGUUGUCUUUUGGCAGUUUGAGUGCUACAGUUGUGCGUGUGUGUAUUUAUACCUCUCUGUUGCUCUAUGUUGGUAAUAUUUGGCAACACGGGUUGCCCAGAUGUGUGCUCAGAGGAAGGAACACGGAAUCACCGGUUAGGGUAUCAAGCCAGCGCUGCAGAUCCAGUUUCGAUCCGUGGCCUUGAGUGUUGCAACCGGCCAUUGGUGCAAGUUAGGAAACCUGACUGACGUGGUUGUUGCCGUGUUCUGGGGUAGGGCGCAGGUUUCAUAGGGCCAAGCCGACUAGCGGGGCGGCAAGAUGGUAGAGGUGUGUAGCGGUGAAGAGGCUGCCGGAUCUAUUACGGUAGUUCCUCGAAGUACAGUGACCCGUGGGACUGCAGUGCAGGAGGAGGGCUGCACUUUCUCCAAGGGGUGUCCGGCUUCCUGUCCUUCACUUCCAAUAGGUUCCUUGGCUGAUUAUCAACUUGUCCUUUUGUAUAAUGGAAGCGCUGGAAGCAGGCACGAGAGGGGCGGGCGACAGCAAGCGUACCGGUAGCUUCCGGCAAGUAUGUGGGGAGGGGGGUUGCAUUGUGAGGCAGCAGCUGCAGGCGCAGCGGAGGGAGCCUGGGAGCCGGAACAAUGGACGAACAAGAAGAGGAGUCUUCACACUGUGGCAUGGCGGUACGCUGGUACGAUGGCACGGUGCGGGGCUGCUUGGCAUCGCAUUGGUGCGGGAGUGGUGUGGGAGUAGUCCGGCGUUGGUGCGACAUUGGUGCAGGAUUUGUGCGGGAGUGUGGUGGAAGUGGUGCAGGGGGUCUCAUGUUGGGUGCAUGUUUACUGGAGGCGUCAAAUCCCUUGUCCGGUGGACUUUGCCGCACUUGACCGGCAGAAACAGCAACCUGCGUAUUGCACGUAGCCGGCCAAACGCAUGGCAUGCCGCAGAGGUCACCGUACACCGUAGACGGUAUCAGAGGGAUGGGUGCUUUUAUGAUUUAUAAUACGGGUGUUUAUGUAGGUCUUAAUAAGCUUUGAAGAUCCCUGUUAAGUGAUAACUUGAUAGACUGGUCCUAAUACCUGGC